GGAGUAGAUGCACCGCCAACGUGGUGUAUGUGGUCUCUUUUGCAUCCACGUACACCACCCCCUAAAUGCUUUUUGGAGGCAUGUGGAAACACUUGGCGGUCCGUCGCGACGCCCGUUUUUCGAUGUGCUCUUCGCACAACAUAGGUGUGGUAGCGAAUCUUGUGCAUGAACAUGGGAAGAUGCAUCCACGUUGUCUUCGUAAGCCUACCGGUCCGUCGCCACUACCCAUCGCGACACUGCUCCCCACUGCACUUCGCAGCGAGAAUGGAAGGCGUGAGGAACUGCAGGUUUACGCUCGGGGCCUUGCGGAUGGACGUGCAUCAGCCAACUGUGGACAGGCAGGAGUCUGCAAGGGCGGACCAAGUGCAGUUGUUUGGAAAUGUGCCACGGUUAGUGGCUUCAGCUCUCCAGUUCGAGGCUUUGCCAAGGUCUCAUUCAGGGUCGAGCAGCAAGAUGAGGACAGCCUUCGGGAGCGCUUGAGGUUGCGUGCAAUGGCAAUGGAUCACGGCCAGUCUUCAGAUUUUCGGUCGUUUCCAGUGCAGGGACAGUGUGCUUUUUCCCCGAGGAUAAACCUCCCAGCUGCUGUUUCGCCACUGUGCUCUGCGAACUGCGUCAGUUCCGGGACACAGAACCUCAAUGCCGUAUGUUCCACUCCCCCUGCUGGUUUGCCGACACCCGGUGGAAGGAUGUCCCACACACCGCAAUCAGGGGUUUCGGACGGCGACGGAGGUCGCCAGGCAGGUGACCGGACACCAGGUUCUGAUUACAUCAUCAACCGCUUACUCAGGGAGGUAGAGGCGGCUGCUGGAACCGUGGAGGUGCCUGCAGGGACAGGACAGCCGGGGAACAUCAAUGUUUCCCCGGUGUCUGACACACAUGCCGCUCCACAGGACAUCCCGGCACACGGGUGUGGACGACAAAGUGUGAGCCCGGUACCUGACCGUUGUGGGUCUAGAUCCAGGCCGUCCAAUGCUGAGAGUGCGGGGAGGACCUCUGUCGACAACCGAGGGAAAGGACAUGCUCCCCGCCCCCCUGCGCCUGACAGGAACUCGGAGCGUUGGGGCGAGGACGAAACGACAAUGCUGUGCACGGUUCGGAACGAGGUGAAGGGCGUCAUGGGUGAGGAAAGCGAGGUACUUGGCAGGGCGCGUGUAAAGGCGGGCUUUUGGAAGCUUGUUGAGAGUCGCAUGCGGGAGAAAGGGUACAAUCGAGAUCAUGAGCAGUGCAAGAGCAAGUUCUCGCAGAUUUUUGACUUCUAUAGAAAGCUGAAGGCGCAUGAGAGGUGGUCAGGCAACCCGUCGUACUGGGACAUGAAUUCCACGACGCGCAAGAGGUAUAAUGUGGAUUUCGUGAUUCGUCGCAGUUGGUAUGACAGCAUUUCGUCGUCAGAGGGAGACACUGAUUCCAUCAGGUUAUCAAAUUUGAGGGACUCCGGUCCCGAGCAAGAACGGAUGGAGGACGGAGAUGGGGAUACGGCCGGUGGCAGCGAGGAUGCCGGUGGCGGGGCAAGGUCCGGUGCUUUCUCCCCCACGCUGGGCAAACGCAAACGAGCUGUCAGCAAUGCUCCUGAGAACAGCAUGCGCGCAGUGUGUGGGGCUAUGCGUGACCACAGUUCAGCGAUUACGUCGUCUGAUCGACAGUGUGCGAAGCUGCGCUGUGACACAACACUCGAUGUCGCGCGCCAGCAGGCCGAUCUCCAGAGGGAGCUGUUGAGGGAGGACAUAGCCUCGCGUGAGCGCGUGGCUGCCAUCGUAGGGGAUAGGAUGAAUGCUGGGUAUGCCAUUGUAGGAGAUAGGAUGAAUGCGGGGUAUGCUGUGCUCGCAGAGGCCAUCCGUAGUCUGCGAUCGCGAAACCGAUCACGUGACCACUCACACGGUCAUGCGGCACUUUCCUCCGAUUCCAAGUAGGUCUCUGUUAUUUUUACUGCCAGAGUAUUUUUGCGUGCACCGUUGCUGUGCGAAGCAUCAUGGUUGUCUCCAAAACCACUUUG